UCGGGCACGCGCAGGCAGGCGGCAAAAUGGUGACCGCAAGCAGAAAGAGCCCGCGAGCCUUUCACCGCCACGCUUUCAGCUCCGCGGGCGCGGCCCACUGAGCCGGCCUGCCGCGAGCGCCGUUGCUCGCGGCUCCUCUUUCUGAGCGACGGCGCCCGGCGCCUUGUCCGACCCGGGGCUGCGCAGCAGGGGACCGGGCACCAGCCCCGAGACGCAGGGCGCAGGCCGGGCGGCUCCUCCCCACGGCGCGGACGCAGCGUCACGACGGCGCCGGCGAGCAUGGCGCGCAUGGGGCUGCUGUGGGCUGCGCGUCCCCGGCUGAGCAGCCUUCGGAGCCCGGCGAGAGCCGCCUCCGCCGCCCGCCCGCAGGAGAGCCCCGCGGGGCCGGGCGCCCGCUCGCCUCCUUCGCCCGCCCUGGCCGCCGCCGCCGGGCCGCUGGAGGAGGAGCCGCUGCGCCACGCCGACUUCUUCCGCCUGCGAGAGCUUUUCUCCCUGCGGGACCUGCUGGACGCCCGAGUCCACCUGGGCCACAAGAAGGGCAGCCGCCACAGGUUCAUGGAGCCCUACAUUUUUGGCUGCCGCUUGGAUCAGGACAUCAUUGACCUGGACCAGACCACGGAGCUACUCCAGGCAGCCCUCAACUUCACCGCACAUGUGGCCUACCGCAAAGGCAUCAUCCUCUUCGUGGGUCGCCACCGGCAGUUUGCCCACCGGGUGGAGGCCACGGCUCAGGAGUGUGGCGAGUAUGCCCACACCCGCUACUGGAAAGGGGGCUUGCUGACCAAUGCAGGGGUCCAGUACGGGGAGGGCGUCCGCCUGCCAGAUCUCAUCGUCUUUGUCAAUACUCUCAGCAACGUCUUUGAACCUCACGUGGCAGUCCGGGAUGCAGCCAAGAUGAACAUCCCAACCGUGGGGGUGGUGGACACCAACUGCAACCCCUCCCUCAUCACGUACCCAAUUCCAGGCAACGACGACAGCCCGGCAGCUGUAGAGCUUUACCUCAUGCUCUUCAGGAGGGCCAUAGCCAGGGCCAAGGACAAGCGCAAGCAGAUGGAGGUUUUCUACAGCCUGCAGACCUCAUCUGCUGCUGGCAACUCGAGCAGCCGCUCAGAAUCCUUCUGAGAUUCACCCCCUGCUCAGCCAGUUAGGAGCGAGGCUUGCCAGCAAGUGCAUCUUGUGUUUGGGUCAGAGGAGUAUCUCGAGAGCUGCAGGAGUGCCCUCUGCUUUUCAGGGGGUUGCUCAGCCCCAUUUCAUGGUCUUGCUCUUUGCUCUGCAUUCCUUAAUGGACAAUAAAAAAAAUUGUACUCACAA